AUGAUUGCCAGUAGAUAUGUCGCCAGUGAGCUGGAGUCGGUCACCCGUAAGCUUGAGCUUCAGUUAUAUGAGCGGGCAGCCAUAUCUGAAGUUCUUGAGCAGACAUCCACAGACCUUGAACUAGCCAAGGCCAAUGAGGUCUUGCAGACUAUAAAAGAAGAAGCCGAUGCAUGUGUUGCGGCGAUUAAUGGUGGGCAGAAAUUUUAUACGAUCAAGUACGACCAAAUACUCUCCGGCCUGGAAAGCUUAUCCGGUGGUCAAUGGUCCGUGGGCUCCCCUCUGGAACCUCUUAUACGGGAUGGUAUAAGCGACUAUCUGCAUAUAUUGCUUUACUAUGCCCUUUUAUCCAAGAAUUUGGCAAAGUUACCGCAAUUACUGUUGGACCAGGAGUAUUAUGGACAUGUUUCUCGGUGCUCAUGGUUCAUGCGACUGUUUUACGGGCUGCAGAUCAUGCCCGUCAAGCUUAUCGAAUUUUUCAGGGGCCAUGCUCUACAGGAGCUUCCCUCAAAGUUACGGCAAACAUUGAGAAUACACAACUUUCAGUUGGUGGGGCUGCCGACACAGAGGGCAUGGCAAUGGACCAAGCUUCCGAUCGCAAUGGUGGAUACUGAUAUUAUCCAGAAGACAGCAUCACUGGACUCGCAGCUGGACAUAAAUGUUAAAAAGUUCGGGAAGCUGCUGCGCGAAUUCCCGCGCCAAAAGAGCGACAGAUUGGAAGUGCUAUCUGACUUUCUUGAUUUGAAGCCUGGAUCAUCUGAGUUCGCAGUGGUGCGAGCUGUUCAGAAGUGGAACGUAGAUUCAUGCGCACCGCAACCAAAUUGGAUAGUACGCUAUUGGCCGACCAUCUUGAUUGCAUUAGCUGGCGGUCCAGCAGGGAUAGCCGCCAUCUGGAAUGCUAGGAAUGAUAUUGCUGCCUUUAUAAAACAUAAUCUCUUUGAGUUUGCUAGAGACCUGGUGAAGAAUUGGUUGGUAGAGCCACUGCGUAACAUCUGGUCAACAGUGCAUCAUGACCCAACAUCCUCCAUUGCAAUUAUGUCACAGGGAACUUUGGACACUGAGAUCAAUUCUUUACAAAGAAUGCUUAUUGAUUUCUUGAAGGAACAUGAGUAUGCGAAUACCGUGGAUACUUCAGUGUUGAUGAAGGAGAUCGAACAGGGGAAUUUGACGCAGUUUAUGGAGAUCUACGAAGCUCAGUUACGGAAGCCUAUCCGGAACUUGGUGACAGGCGAUCUGAUUCGCUCGCUCUUGAUUCAAAUACAAAAGGGGAAGGUCGAUGGUUCUCUUGCAAUUCACGGCAUCGACAAACUUCUACAAUCCCAACAGCUAGUGUUUGGCAUUGUCUCAAUUUCCCCAGCGUUGUUGAUUCUCUAUGUCUUGUGCAAUUCGCUCACAAAACUUGUCAAAUAUGGUACGGUUUGGUCCAAGGGAGCCAAGUACAGACGCAGCGUGAGUGUAUCGCUGAAUAACGUGGAAAGGCUGCUGAAUAGCCCCAUCGAAGAGUUCGAUGGUGAUAAAGGUAAUUGGAAUCUAGGGCUACUGACCCUUGAGAUGGCAAAUCUCAGGGAAUACGGCGCCAAGCUGGUGCCUCAUUCACGGACAGCAGAGUGGUGCCGCGACAUUGACGAAAUGGCCAGCAGUAGCGCCUUGAGUACCACAGGAAAACUAAAUGUGAUUAACAGAAUAUACCACGUAUAUGGGAAGUACUUUUAA